CCAUGUUGUAGGAGGAAAUCCACAGCUGCUCCUCACUCACUGUCAGAUUAGACUGUAAUCCGGGCGAAGGAGGCGGAGGAGGAGACGCUGUCAAGUCGCGCUGUGCAUCUCUGGGAAAAACUCUGGCUCUUUUUAAACUCACUGAACAGACAGAGAGAAAAAAAUCUUUUUUUAAUCACUGCUUUCUUUCAUUUUUGAUGUCCAGUCCGUGGCCUGUGCACAGAAGAUGAAACGCCACUCUUCCUCGGCUCUCUUUGACUUAACGUCAAGAUGUUAGCCGGCUAACUAGCCCAAAAAAGAGCAACUAAAUCGGAUUAGCUGCUGACAACAGCCUCUCCCUCUACGUCCAGGUAUUUUUAGCUGCACUUAGGAAGGCGUAAUAACUCGGCAAACUUUAUUUAUUUUUCUUAUUUUAUUUUAUUUGUAUAGCAGAAUCAAGAAUACAACUUUGUUUGGGUUUUAUUUACUCGCUAGCAUGAGUGUUGUUUCGAGCUAGCGACUUAAUUAGCUCCUUUAAAACCACAUCAAGAGCACGAGCCACUGAGCCAGCGUGUGUGUGUGUGUUGGAAUAAACCUGCUGCCUCCGUAAAGCAACAACAGCAACGACAACAGAGACAAGACGGAGGCGCUAGCUCGUCCUCGGGCUAGCUGGCAAGACAGAACUGUCCAAGACUUGUGAACCUCGGAAGAUUUGAUAGCCGCCGGUGGACGCGAAGAUGUCCGGGAAGGACAAAGACAAGCAGGAGAAGCAGUCCACAACAGAGCGGCUGGUAAAAGCUGUGCCAUACCCGCCACAACAUAAGCUGACUACGAAAGAGCUGUAUGAAAAUGGCAAACCCAACGCGGAGCUGCUCCGCAACCACCUUGUCAAGGAGGGCAGGGUCGAGGAAGAUGCGGCUCUGAAAAUCAUCAAUGACGGGGCCAACAUCCUGCGCCAGGAGAAGUGCAUGUUGGAAGUGGAAGCACCAAUAACAGUAUGUGGUGACGUCCACGGACAAUUCUUUGACCUUAUGAAGUUGUUUGAAGUCGGUGGGUCACCCAGCAACACACGCUAUCUCUUCCUCGGUGACUACGUAGAUCGAGGAUACUUCAGUAUUGAGUGUGUUCUCUACCUCUGGUCGCUCAAGAUCAACCACCCCAACACACUCUUCCUCUUGCGUGGGAACCACGAGUGCCGGCACCUCACAGAGUACUUCACCUUCAAACAGGAAUGUAAAAUUAAAUACUCUGAACGGGUGUAUGACGCUUGUAUGGAUGCCUUCGACUGUCUGCCCCUUGCCGCCCUGCUCAAUCAACAGUUCCUGUGCGUACACGGCGGACUCUCACCAGAAAUCAACUGCUUAGACGACAUAAGGAAAUUAGACAGAUUUAAAGAGCCUCCAGCUUUUGGGCCAAUGUGCGACUUGAUCUGGGCUGAUCCUGGUGAAGACUAUGGCAGUGAAAAAACGACCGAACACUUCAACCAUAACUCCGUCAGAGGCUGCUCUUACUUUUUCAGUUACUCGGCCGUGUGUGACUUUUUGGUAAAUAAUAACCUGCUCUCAGUAAUAAGAGCCCAUGAAGCACAGGAUGCAGGGUAUCGGAUGUACAGAAAAAGCCAGACCACAGGCUUCCCGUCUUUAAUCACAAUAUUUUCAGCUCCAAAUUAUCUAGAUGUCUAUAACAACAAAGCUGCUGUAUUAAAAUAUGAGAACAAUGUGAUGAACAUCCGACAGUUCAACUGCUCCCCUCACCCGUACUGGUUACCCAACUUCAUGGACGUCUUUACAUGGUCUUUGCCUUUCGUUGGAGAGAAGGUGACGGAGAUGCUGGUGAAUGUGCUGAACAUUUGCUCAGACGAUGAGCUCAUGUCAGAGGGAGAUGACCUUUAUGAAGGCGGCACCUCUGCGAUGCGUAAGGAGGUCAUCCGGAACAAGAUCCGCGCCGUGGGGAAAAUGGCGCGCGUCUUCUCAGUGCUCAGGGAGGAAAGUGAGAGUGUGUUAACGCUCAAAGGCCUGACCCCGACUGGAACUCUUCCAGUGGGAGUGUUGUCAGGAGGAAAACAGACCUUACAGACCGCUACCAUUGAGGCAGCUAAGGCGAAAGGCUUCUCUCCGACGAGGAAGAUCCGCAACUUCGAGGAAGCGCGAGGCCUGGACCGCAUCAACGAGAGGAUGCCGCCGCGCAAAGACGGCCAGCAGCCGGACGGUACCACCGCCAUCAACACCAUCAACACCAACACUCCCAACAACAACGGCACUGGAUAGAGUCACGUAGAUUCAUCCUUUCUCUGUCUCUGUCUCUCUGUCUCUGUCUUCUGGGAGGCCGAAAUCACCAUUUUAUUCUAGAUUAUUUUUGUUUGCGUGGUUUUUUUUAGCAACAAAUGAUUGUAUGAAGACUUUCAAACGUACAAAGUACAAAAGUAUAAAAAAGUUAAUUUUAUAAAUUUGAGUUGACACACUUGGACGAAUCCCCCCCUUUUAGUCACUUUAUUAUUAUUAUUAUUACUUUUAUUUAAUUUAGUCUUUUUUUAAAUGUGGUUUCCAUGUGUCCACGGCCUCAUGUGGAUUUUAGGCGCUUUGAGAUUCUACAUUCUACGAUGCUGUGUUUGCUUAUGUAUGUUUCAGUUAUAUAUAUAUUUAUAUGUAUAUAUGUGUAUAUUUAUAUAUAUAUGUAUAUAAAUAUAUAUAUAUGUGUAUAUAUAUAUAUAUAUAUAUACACAUAUAUAUAUCUUUUUGUAUGAUUUCAAAAAGAAUAAGGGAAGUUAAAUUAUAUAAAUGUAAUAUUUUCUACUUACAGAAGACAUACAGUAUAAUCAUAUUUAUACAUUUUACACACACACACACGCAUACACACACUUUUAAUGAAUCCCCCAAAGACACUGAACGGAUUCUGAUUCAGUAUUUUCACUCUGUAGAGUAUUUUCCUCUCGUAUUAUUAUGAUUAUUAUGAUGACAUUAUUGAAGGGAAACGGUUUCAAGUGAAGGAUCCAGUGACAGUUUUGCUGUUUGGACUUCACUUGACUUCAGCGAGGACACUUAACCAAAAAAAAAAAAGGGAAUAUCCUGUCACGACAACCACUGUCGUCAACACUCCCACGACUUUGGAAGCACUUCUUCUUCUUCUACUUCUUCUUCUUCUUCUUCUUCUUCUCUUUGAGCACUGAUGUUAAGCGGAUCUUUUCUGGAGAAGAUUAAAGCACAGGGAAAGACAUUUUUCUCGCCUUCUCUCAUUUUGGACUUUAAAAAAAUAAAAGGACAAUCUAUGUUUGGAAAGUGAGAAGGAGCUGCUGGACACACCGUCCUCACAAUAGACUGAUGUUUGUUAUUACUUAGAGGAAAAAAAAGCUCAAUGUGUUUUAACAGUAUAAGUAAUUUGUUGAUGUUUUAUCGCGGACACUAAGAUCAUUUGUGUGUGCGUAUGCCCCCAAAGCCGUGUUAGUGUCUCCACCUACUGAAUUAUGAUAAUUAUGAUAAUCACACACGCGUCAGAAACAGGAAACUAAAUGAUGAUGAUGCCGUUUUUCCCAGACACGAGACCUUGGGCUCUGUUCACACCUGGCAUUUAACGUCAGUCCUCAGUGAUCAGAUUGAAUGUCGGACAGACAUAAGUUCACAUGAUACCAAUUUUUGUGUCCGAUACCGAUAUCAAAUACUGGAUUAUCUACCAAUACCGAUAUUAUUCCGACUAACAAAUGAAGUCUGAGUCAUUUCAUAAUAAUUGUCAUAAUUAUAAUUGACAAAAUUGUCCAACUGUGUAACAAAUUCUCCCAAAAAGAAGAAAUGAAACAACCCAAUCCCGCGUUAUUUUGGCCCCUGAUGUUUGUGGCUCGGGCCCAAAUAGUAAAUUCAGACCUGUACUUGGCCCCAUCUGGAUCUGCAUUAGAUCACUCAGGACUGAUGUUAAUGUCCGGUCUAAACGAGGUCUUAAAAAUGACAUUAACAGUUCUGUUGUCAUCAUUUCAACCACAGCUGAUUCUUCACUAUCAUACAUUUUUUAAGAUGGAGACCGUUUUACUCUUGCUUCCAACGCUGGUGUGUACAUUUUUUUUUAUUUUCCUUUUGUUCUGAGGUUUUACUUCACCCUCCACUCCCAAACCCUUUAAAGGUCCAGUGUGUAACAUUAUUACACUAUUAUCCAGAUUUUUAAAAAAUAAUUUUGAGUGUACAAUCACUUUUGUGUUUUCACUACCACAGAAUAAGCCCUUUACAAUGUUGGAUUACCCUUGUGUUUUUUUUUAACUAAAAACUUGAAUUUUGAUGAUAACUGAACGCCAAAAUAGUGAGAUGAUAUGAUCAGCUUCAACGUGCAACUUCCACCACUAGAUGUUGCUAGACUCUCUACACACUGUACCUUUAAGCUCUGCCUCUCCACGGACACAAGACCAACUCACCUGGUGCUUCGACACACUUGACUGUAACUCAAUGAAAGGCGAGAAAAACAAAACAACAAAAAAGAAGCUUUAAGAAUUCACUUACACUGUUUUUUGUGCCAUGCCACCAUAUGUGUGUGUGUGUGUGGAUGGUAAAAACUCACAGUUCCAGAAUUUAUAUUUACGUCAUUUACGUUCAAUAGAAUGGUAGAAAAAAAGUUUCCUAAAGACGACGAUGAUAUUUGGCUUUACGUUGUCGACUGUGACAUUAGUUUGUUUUAAUGGUUUAACUUUUACUGGCUUUACUGGGUGAGCCAUGCAGUUUGCUGACCUCCUGUUAGGUCCUUUACAUAUCCUGCAGAAUGUAAAAUAAUAAUAAUAUUAAAUAAUUAAGAAAAAGGAAUCUUAAAAUAGUUGUAAAAAUGGGGUGAAGGAGAGGGGGAAAGAAAACUGUACCGUACUUGUCAUGCAAGGCCAUGAAAUCUUUUAUGUAGUUGUACCGAUGGAAAGAAACUAAUAAAUCAAGUACAGUGUU